AUGAAAGGGCACCUACCGGGUCCUGUGAGGCCGUCACUCGUCAUUUUCAGAGAAUUUUCUGCCCUGUCGAAGCUGGGCGUCUUCGGCUCGCACAGAUCUGCCAAGAACAAACGUCUGGAGCGAGCUCUGCAAGUCUUAGAGCUGAUGAAAUCCGAGAAGGUAAAGGUCGAAGGGAAAGAGAACCAUGUACGACUCAUACGGACCUGUCUGGGGGAUCUUCUGGAAGCAAAACCUUCAAGAACACCGCGCUGGAAGGCUGGAGCUUGCCCAGAUGAGGGAGAUCGUUCUGCUUGCCGGGAGUUUCUGUCCAGAGGAGAGCUGGAUGCGACCGCCUUGUCCGGUUUCUUGAGCGGAGGAAGCUUCUUCUCGGGCCUCCAGCUCCAUGCAUUCUCCGUCAAAGCUGGCCUAGACAGGAGCUGCCCAGUUGCCAGCGCUCUGAUCAAGUUAUACGCAGGAAACGGAGGUCUCCAUCAUGCUCACCAAUUGUUUGAUGAAAUGAUUCACAGAAGCACCACCUCCUGGACGGCAAUGAUCGCCGGGUACGCGCAGAAUUCGCAGCUCCAAAAGGCCCUGCAGCUGUUCAUCCAGAUGAGGCAAUCGAGCUCGAAGCCCAACGACUACACCCUCUCUAGCCUUCUCAGCGCCUGUGCCGGCGCCGGUUGCUUAUAUUCAGGGAAGGUCCUUCACUGCCAGGGGAUCCAGAUGGGCUUCAGCUCGCAUCCCCACGUCUCCAACUCCCUGAUCUCCAUGUACGCUAAAUGCGGAAGCAUCGACGACGGCUCCUCCAUCUUCAACCAGAUGGCCACCAGAGAUAUCGUGUCCUGGAACUCCAUGAUCUCCGGGUACGCUCAGCACGGGCUCGCAGCGGAGGCGGUGGACCUGCUGAGGAAGAUGGAGGCGCUUAGCGUGUCCCCCGAUGGCGUCACCUUCCUCGGCGUGCUAUCUUCCUGCCGCCAUGCCGGCCUGGUCGACCUGGCCCGGCGCUGUUUCAACUCCAUGCCGAGCUUCGGAUUGAACCCGGAGCUCGGCCAUUAUUCCUGUAUCGUUGACCUUCUAGGCCGAGCGGGUCAAGUCGAAGAGGCCUUGGACUUCAUCGAGAGGAUGCCCGUUACUCCGAAUGGCGUCAUCUGGGGCUCGCUGCUUUCUUCGUGCAGGGUUCAUGGCAACACUUGUGUCGGCAUCAGGGCCGCGGAGGGGCGGCUGGGGAUGGAACCCGGUUGCGCCGCCACCCACGUCCAGCUGGCGAACCUGUACGCCACCGUCGGAGACUGGCGGCGGGCGGCGAAGGUCAGGAAGGAGAUGAAGGAGAGAGGUGUGAAGACGGUACCCGGGUACAGCUGGAUUGAGGUCGGCGGCGAAGUCCACAUGUUUAGAGCUGAGGACGGGUCAAACACCCAUCUGAAAGAAAUGAUCUCUGUGCUUGAUAGCUUGUUCGACCAGAUGAGGAGCUUCGGCCACGAGUCAAUGACAGAUUCUGACUCGCAAGAGGAGCCGGUUCAGAUCGGACCGUUCACCAGUAAUCCCCGCAAGAACAUCUCCCGUUCGCGAAAUGGUGAAACCGGAUCGAGUCCCUGA